AUGGAAGCCCGGCGGAGGAGGAUCGAGGCGGAGAUGAUCCGCGGGCACGACGACCUACAGGUCGAACGUCAAAUGAAUGCCGAGUUUGGGGACGUUGCUCACAGGGUCAUGGGCACCUAUGCCCAUGGCCCCUCGUUCCCCCGUGGUGGCCGUGAUGGCGUCCGUGGUGGUAGUGUCCGUGGUGGUUUUCGUGGUGGCCGUGGCCGAGGAGGAGGCGACUACGGUGCUUUCCACGGGGCCGCCCAGAACCCCGCCGGUCAGGAUGCAGGGCCCCCGCCACCCCCAACGAAGAGGCCGCUGGUGAGGCUGUCGGAGAAGCCGUUGCUGGUGCCGGUCCCGCGGGACCCCUUAACGAGCCUGCUCCCCGUGAGCACGGCCCUGAGCCCCUCGCCAUAG